GUACCCACGCCUAUGAUCAUUUUCAUUAUGUCAUAUGUGUGUCUGGAAUGAAUUUUAGUUCACGUUAAAGUGUUUUUCCAUGGUUUUACAGAAUUUCGCGACUUGCGAAUUUCGCGGGACGUCCGUUAGUUACAAAGAAAAAAGUUUAAAAAGUUUUAGUGACUGUGUUGUUUCCUUUUUCGCCAACAAUCACGAAACCCAAGGCAUCUAACACACAAUUUGAAAGAAAGAAAGAGGUGAGCCGAACGACGUGUUGUGCAGGAGGGGCAGGCGUGUCGAACGUGUUUCUGGCAAACACCGACGACAAAAAAAUUGGCUUCAUGUGGUUUUCUGUUCAUUUUGAUAAUGUUUUAAUCAAAUUUUUAUUUUUCCACAAAACGGAUCAUAAUUUAUUAAAAGUGUAAAAGAAGAAGACCGCAAAGGAAAAAAAUUAACGUGCACAGUUAAAUUUUUAUUUCGGUUGACAGCUAUAUUCUGCAGGAUGCUUAAAUUUAUCAGAGGAAAGGGUCAGCAACCCACAGCAGAACGUCAGAAGCUGCAAAAGGAUCUCUUUGGAUUUCGAAAGACUCUAGAGCAUGGUUUUCCUAAUAAACCAACUGCCCUUGCUUGGGAUUCAAGUUUGCGGCUUAUGAUCAUAGGAACAGCAUCUGGUGCUAUAAAAGUAUUUGGAAGGCCAGGUGUAGAAUUUUAUGGACAUCAUAAGAAUGAAAGUGGAGAAAAAAAUGCAGUUACCAAAAUUAUUGCUCUUCCAAAUGAGGGGCGUUUGGUUUCACUUUGUGAUGAGAAUUCUCUUCAUUUAUGGGAAAUUAAUAAUAAUUCUGUUGUGGAAACAACAAGUUUAUGUUUGGAAGGUAAAUUGAAAAAAAUUUCAGCAAUUUGCCUUGAAUCGACAAACGAACAUCUUUUAUUGGGAACAGAAGGUGGAAAUAUUUAUUUAUUGAAAUUAAAAACAUUCACAAUAUCAGAAACAAUGAUUUAUCAGGAUGUUGUAAUGCAAAACGUUCCAGCAGACUAUAAAAUUAAUCCAGGAGCAGUAGAAGCAAUCGCGGAACAACCUGGACAUCCAGAUAAUAUUUUAAUAGGAUAUAAUCGAGGUUUAAUGGUUCUUUGGAAUAAAGCAACUCCAGGUGCUCAACAGACCUUCAUCUCAAAAAAUCAACUGGAAUGGGUUUAUUGGAUCACUGAGAAUCGAUUUGUUUCAUCUCACAAUGAUGGCUCUUAUUCGUUUUGGAGUCCUGGAAGUGAAGAUGUUAUGGAGCCCAAAACACAUUAUGGCCCACUGCCUUGUAAAUCAAUUUCAAAAAUCGUUGUUCAUUCCACUGUUGAUGAUGGAGAGAUGUUAAUAUUUUCCGGUGGUAUGCCAAGAGCAAGUUAUGGUGAUCGACAUACGAUAACAGUAAUGACAAAUAGCAAACAAGUAGCAUUUGAUUUUACUUCAAAAGUUAUUGAUUUCUUUACUGUUCUACCAAAACAAUCUCAAGAAGAAAAAGAAAAUAAUACAACUUUUGGAUGUCCCGAAGCACUUAUUGUUCUUGCCGAGGAAGAAUUAAUUGCAAUUGAUUUAACACAUCCUGAGUGGAAAAUGAUGGCAUUACCAUAUUUGGUAUCACUUCAUGCAAGUGCAGUCACUUGCUCGCAACAUGUUCCAAAUGUUCCACAAGAUUUAUGGGAUGCAAUUUUAGCGGCUGGAAAAUUGCAAACAGAACAUCUUUAUUCAGAGAAAAUAUGGCCAAUCGAUGGAGGUGUUGUAUUAUCGAAAAAAGUUGACGAGACAGAGGAAACAAUGAGAGAAUUAUUACUGACAGGUCAUGAAGAUGGUACAGUAAGAUUUUGGGACGCUUCAAACGUUGCCUUGACAUCUUUAUACAAAUACAAUUCAUCACUUCUUUUUACUGGUGAGCAUUUAGAUGUAUUAGAACAGGCACCAGAAGAUGAUGAAGAUGAAUGGCCACGUUUUAGAAAAGUUGGCACUUUUGAUCCUUAUUCUGAUGAUCCACGUUUGGCAGUGAAGAAAAUUCUUCUCUGUCCACUUUCAUCGACUUUAAUCAUUGCUGGAACGGCAGGUCAUGUUAUUACGGCAUCAAUAUCACCGGAAGCAAUUAAUAAAGAAAUUAAAGCAGUCACCAUGAAUGUGGUAAAUGAUCGAGAUGGCUUUACUUGGAAAGGUCACGAUCAUUUGCCACCAAGAACAACUAGCAUUUCUUUUGCCGUUGGAUUUCAACCGCAAACACUUUUGCAGUUGUAUCCACCAGCUGCAAUAACAGCAUUGGCUCUGCAAAGCGAAUGGGGACUCAUUGCGGCUGGUACCGCUCAUGGAUUGGCUUUAUUCGAUUAUAUAAGAGCAAAAGCUGUUAAUGUUAAAUGCACACUUAAUCCAAAUGAUCUGUCUGGUUCAGGUGAUACGCCGAUUUCUAGAAGAAAAUCAUUUAAGAAAUCAUUAAGAGAAUCAUUUAGAAGAUUGAGAAAAGGUAGAUCGCAACGUCGUACAAAUACCAGUAGUCCAAAUACUGCUCAAGAAAAGAAAAAAGAAACACCUACAAUUAUAUCUUCUCCAAGUGUUGAACUCUCACCAGGAGAAGCUAUAAAAUCAGUUGAGAGACAAGUUGAAGCAAGACCUGUCGAUGAUGCUCUUGGUUCAAUGGUUCGAUGUCUUUAUUUCGCGAGAAGUUAUAUUAUAAGUAUGCAAAAUACGACGCCUACGCUUUGGGCUGGUACGAAUAACGGAACAGUGUACGUUUUCACUUUGGCAAUUCCAGCUGGAGCAAGACGUAAAGAAGAAGAUGUCAAUUGUACAUUGGGUAAAGAAAUUCAAUUGAAACAUCGAGCUCCUGUAAUUGCAAUUACUAUUCUCGAUGGUGCAAGUAUUCCUUUACCAGAAUCUUUUGAAGUUGAAAAAGGAGUUAGUUCGGGACCAGAUAUGACAUCACCGCAUAGAGUUGUCAUUGCCAGUGAAGAACAAUUUAAAAUAUUUAAUCUUCCAUCUUUAAAACCUUUUUGCAAAUAUAAACUAACAGCUCAUGAAGGUUCAAGAGUUAGAAAAACAGGAUUUGCUAAAUUUUCAUGUUCAGUGGAACCAUCAGGUAUUCAUGAAGAAACGUGCCUUCUUUGCCUUACUAAUUUAGGAGAAUGCCUAGUGCUUAGUGUUCCAGAAUUAAGAAGACAGGUCAAUACGGCGGCUAUUAAGAGAGAAGAUAUCAAUGGAAUUUCCUCAUUAUCAUUUACAAGGUCAGCUGAAGCUCUUUAUUUACAUUCAAGUUCCGAACUUCAGCGAAUUUCAUUAACACCAACAAAAGGAGUGAGAGCGCAUUGUGCAUUGAGUUUACCACCGAAUGCAAGAUCGAUGUCGACAGAAACAAAAGAAGAGAGUAUGGAGCAAACGAGUACAGAAGAUGGUACAGAAGAUGAAGUUCAAGAUGAUCAGUCGGAGCCUGCGGCGAAAAAUAUUACAGAAAAUGGAAUAGUUGGAUCAACUGAUGGGGAAGAAACUCCUAAGGAGCCAUCACUAAAACCAGCUGCUAGUACUACGGAUAUUAAUGGCGAUGAUGAUCGUCAAGAUCAAAAUUCAGUCGGUGAUAUUACUAUUGACAGUGUCAAGGAUCAUUUGCUUAAUAGUUCGCUUUUUAAAAAUGCUACAUCAUCGGAGGAUCUUCAUAACCGUUUAGCUGGACUUAAAAUGGAAGUAACAUCCAGAACAUCUGAAACAGCGACUCAAAAUCAGACAGUUGUUGUAAAAACAACAACUGUUGUAUCUCAAUCGACUACUAAUGGAACAACAAAUGGAGAGGUUGAAACCAUUCAAGCAAGUGAAGGAUCAGAAAUCAAUAGUACUACAGUGGAAAGAGAAAUUAGCAGUGGAAUCGAAACGACAACGACGCACGCCACCAUCACUCUACCUCCUAAUGUUGAGCUUAGUGCUGCAGAACUUGCAAAAUUAGAAGUGACAACAACCACAGUUACUACUGAAAAAUCAAAGGCUCCUCUUGCAAGACCAGAAGAAGUUAAUUCUUAAAUAUUUUAUCAAAAUAAAAAGAAAAUUUAAUGUCUGUUCGAUAUUUUCAUCAAAUAAUGAUGAAAUAAUGAAGUUAAGUGCCUUUACUUAACACAAGUGUACAGUGACGUUAAAGUUCUUGUAGAUCAUUUUUAAAAAAUUUUACUAUAUAUAUAUAUCAGAUUAGCUUGAAUUUUAGUUACAGAAUUUUAAGAUAUCAAAAACUUUGAAUUAAAAAAACUUUAAAAGCAAAGUUAUGAGACUUAAAUUUUGGAGAUUAAGCUUUAGAAUAAUUUUUCUUAGUAAAUAAUUCUAUACAAUUAUAAUCCGAAAGUAUAUAUACAUAUAUAUAUAUAUAGAAUCUUCCUAUAUAUUUUUUAAUUAAGCUUGUUCACUGUACACACAAUUUUUUUUUUGUAAACGAGCAAGCGAAUUAAUAAUUUUUUCACAUUCACCAGUGUAUUCAAAAAUAACAAGAAUCGCAUUUGAAUAAGUAGGAUAAGAAUUUUGAAAAAACAAUUUUCAAAAUUUUACGUGAUGACUGCAAAACCAGGGUCUUAAUCAAGAUUUUAUUUUAAGUACAUAGAAAGUAUUUUAUACUUACAAAACAGUUGUUUUUUUUUUAAAUAGAAGUGAUUUUAAAAUUUUUUAAUUAAAAAUCGCGAUUUUGUGCAAUAAUGUUUGUAUUAUUCCGGUUAUAAUUGUCCAUAUAUAAUCUGUUUUUUGACCCUGGUUGCAUUUAAUUUUAAGAAAUAUUUUAUUUGCCUUUUUGUUGAAUAUUUUUUUUUUUUUAACAAACAAAAUACGCGUAUUAUUGAAAACAAAUUUCAUUUGUUUAAUUCACUGACGAUGAUUAUAAUGUUAGGUAUGAAAAAUGCAUAUUAUUUUUAAAACGCAGAUGCAAAAUAUUCGUACUUAUAAAAAAAGAAAUAUCAUAUUAGUUUUGCUUAAGUUUUUUUAAAAAUCAUUUUACAUAUAACAUUAUAAGAUAAUGUUGAACCAGAAAGAGAGACUAACUGUAAAAAAUUUACUCUUAGGUGUACAGAAGUAAAUUGCACUUAAAAAAAAAAAAAAAAAA